AUGUCUCAAAUAUUAAAUUGUGGACUCGACUAAAGAACAUUAGCAUUGCUGGUGGCUUUAAUCGAAAAUGGAGUCAACCCAGAGGCACUAGCAAAUGUAGUCAAGGAACUUAAAAGAGAAACCUAAGCUCUAAAGAUUGAUGAGGAAGUCUCAUAAAACAGAAAGUAAUUCAGAUGA